GGAUUAUGUCACACUGGAACAAGGUUCGCUCGUCCAAGGUUGAUACAUGAGUUGAUUAUUUUCUAGUUCCACUGGCUUCUGGCAAGCGAACUCCUGACUCAUUCGAAUCCUAUGGCCGACCGAAUGGCUGACAGAUCAACGAACGAUGACCUAUCAAACCGUUCUUGAUACCAAGGUUGAACCUUCAACUUGAUCUUGAGCUGGGAGGUGUCGAUCCUCGUCGGAGUCCGGAGUAAAACCUUCGGCGAUUAUGCUCGUCGUGUACCCAUACUUGGAUUGAUGAUACUAAGAUAAGGUUCCAUUGACAGGGCACCGAGUCAUCUGUCGUUCAUGAUUCGAAGUUACAACAGAAAGCACCAACCUAGCAACUGGCUGCUUAUUCUCCCACUAUAUGGUAAGGACGCGCCGAGCAACGAUAACGAAGCAGUCAUCUGGCUCUUGUCGCUCCGCAGAACCAGCGUCAACAUCAGAACCAGAAGAGUCUUUUUCGUGACACCGGCUGCCACUGUCUCUGUGACGGCGUUGGCGUUCUCCCUUCUCGCACUCAGGGACCAGGGAUACUGAAUGACACCCUGUCAACCGUCUGUCCACUCUGGAUGCGCCGCAUAUUUAUCGCUCGUGUCAUGAUCGAGGCUAUUGACAAGAUCCGUCCAAUGAAGACGCAAAAUGCGGUGCUUUCUGGAUGCUAUCCCUGCAAGUGAAAAAUCUUUACAAGGCCCGCCGCCGCGACGCAAUGUACA